CUGUGCGCCAAAAUGCAAGAUAAGUGUGUACCGAAUGUAAUACUGAACAUCAUUGGCUACGACCCACAGAAAAUCGAGUAUGAAAAGAUAAGAUAUCCCCUGCAUUUUCAGCGUGAAUCCACAGGAAGACCAGAGUUCUUAGGGUUUAUACUUGGGGGAGUACAUAUUUCUGGUGGCCAUGUUCAAAGUGCCCAGGCUGUCAGGCUGUUCUACUUCUUAGAAGAUUCUAGAAGCUCCAACCUGUGGCUGAAGGAAUUCCAGAGGACGUUGCUGCUGCUGGAAAACAGUUAUAAUGAAGUGUCUUUCUUCACCUCUUUGUCCAGGCAGGAGGAGUUUGAGAAGCACAUGCCAGAUGGUAUUCCCUUGUUCUCCAUCACCUACUCCCUCGUCAUCUCCUUCUCAGUUAUCUCCUGCACCAGGUUUGACAACGUGAGGAACAAGGUGUGGGUGGCCCUUGUCGGAGUGCUGUCUGCUGGGCUGGCCGUGAUCUCCAGCUUUGGACUCAUGCUGUACAUUGGGGUCCCCUUCGUCAUCACUGUGGUCAACGCUCCCUUCCUCAUACUGGGUAUCGGGGUGGACGACAUGUUCAUCAUGGUGUCCAACUGGCAGCAGUCCAGCAUCCACGACUCUGUGCCGAAGCGAAUGGCGGACACCUACAAGGAGGCGGCCGUUUCCAUCACCAUCACCACCCUGACGGACAUGCUGGGCUUCUAUAUCGGCCUGAUGACGCCCUUCCCCUGCGUACAGUCCUUCUGCCUCUACACCAGCACCUCCAUCUUCCUCUGCUAUGUCUACAACAUCACCUUCUUCGGGGCCUUCCUCGCCCUCAACGGCCGUAGGGAGAGCAGGAACAGACACUGGCUGACCUGCAUGCAGAUCCCUCGGGAGACUCCAGAGGGCAGCACUGGCUGUUAUGCUCUGUGCUGCGUGGGGGGUCACUACGAUGAGAAAAGUGGUAUGGAGAGGGAGCACCCCAUAAACGGCUUCUUCAGGAGAUGCUACGGCCCCUUCCUGACCAAGCCAUUGGUGAAGCUGGGCGUCGUGCUGCUGUAUAUGGGUUACCUGGCCGUGGCCAUAUAUGGUUGCUUCCAGGUUCAGAAGGGAACUGACCUGAGCAAUCUGGCGGCUGACGAUUCUUACGUGAACGCGUACCACACGGACGAGAGGAGGUACUUCUCUGUGUACGGACCCACUGUCAUGGUGGUCGUGAAAGGGGAAUACCCGUAUUGGGAGGAGAGUGACCGCGCCACAUUGAGGUCUUGUUUGGAGAAGUUUAUGAACCUGAGCUUCAUCAGCGAGGACAUUAACGUCUCGUGGCUAGACAUCUACGAGAACUUCUCAGAGAUCUCCGACUUCAACAACAGAUCCACGGCAGACAGUUUCAACAACGAGACCGUCUUCAUGUCGAACAUUCCGGAGCUUUUUACGCUCUUGCCUGAGCUCAGCCUUGACGUGAACAUCACGGACGACAAAAUCUACGCUUCCCGUUUCUUUGUCCAGACAGUGGACAUAGCCAACGCUUCCAGGGAGAUCAAGAUGUUUAACGAACUCAGGGAAACAGCUGGCCAGUGCGCCGUGGCAGACAUUCUGGUUUUCCACCCUGCGUUUAUCUUCUACGACCAGUAUGACAUCUUGGAAACCAGCACCGUCCAGAGCAUUGGCUUCACGGCUGUCGUCAUGCUCAUUGUCUCUCUGCUCUUGAUCCCGAGCCCGAUCUGCUCCGUAUGGGUGACUCUGUCCAUUGGCUCGGUCAUCACCGGGGUGACGGGAUUCAUGGCAUUAUGGAAUGUCAACCUGGACACCAUCUCCAUGAUCAUCCUGGUGGUGUGUGUGGGCUUCACCGUGGACUUCUCUGCACACAUCUCCUACGCGUUUGUGUCCAGUGAGAAACAGUCAGCUAACGACAGAGCAAUCGAUGCUGUGUCCCACCUGGGCUACCCCGUUCUACAGGGCGCCAUAUCCACCAUCAUAGGGGUGAUAGUGUUGGCUACGGCCGACUACUACAUCUUUCGCACCAUAUUCAAGAUCAUGUUGCUCGUCAUGGUCCUCGGCCUGGUCCACGGCUUAAUGUUUAUUCCCGUGUUUUUGACCCUGCUUUCCUUCAACUGUAAUAAAAUAGACAAGGAACCGUACGAUUCUGAGAAUCACUUGAAAGCUGCCCUGAAAGCAAUUGUUUAUGAGAAUAAAGCCCUGCAGACAAAGAAUAAACAAACUGUGUAUACGAUAAGCACAUGACAAACGGAAGAAAUAUUAACAAUGUAUGACACUGAUCAGGGAUACUGAUACCUACUUAGGUGCUAGCUCACAUUCUUUGACUAUUUAAGUGUGUUGUAUGGUAAGUAAAAACAAGUAAGCCUAACUACGGUGUUAAUUUUAGCCAUUUCAUGCUAUGUACUGUAUCACUGUUAUGAAAGACGAAAAUGCAACAUUCCCUGUACUUGAUUCAACAAUAAGUGCCAUCAGAAUUCAAUGCCUGUGAAU